CUGUUGUUGCUGGUGCACUACAUUCGUUAGAGAACAAAUUAAACGUAAUGUAUAAAAAUGCAUUAAAGGGUGGCAUUCGCACUGCAAAGCAAGCUUGGAAACUUAGAAAUGUUGUUGCCACUCAAAACCACAGCCAACUAAAAAGUUGUUCUGCAACCAAGCUACAGUUACUAAAAAACAAACCCUGUUGCCGCCGUAAAAAUAACAAUAGCCUCAGUCCCAACGCAGCCGCUAUUGCUGUCGCCACUCGGCCCCACUGCCAAUUAACUCGCUAUCGGUACUGUACGCUGAUCUCCCCCCAUUUAUGUUAUACGAUUCCUGCUGAUAAGCGUAUAAUCGUACGUACAGAGACGUGUCAUUUGAACACGCUACUAUCGUCGAAGCAGUUUGUGAAAGUGCAGAAGCAGUUUUAUCGUGACUACUCCUCUAUUUCACUCGGAGCACCCCUGAAGAGCACUGACGCAGCUCUGCUGGGCAAUCUUUGUGGCCAGUACAGCACUAUUCUAGCUCACACAUCGGCGGACGGAGCACCAGGCCAAUCAACAGCGCGUAUUCACAGCAGUUGUGCACAGUGUCAGCAACAGAAGCCGCAGCAACAGGAGUGCACUAAAAAAAUGUCUCGAGAACGAGAAUUCCAACGCUUGCCCACCAACGUGGUCCCAAAGCACUACGAACUGGAGUUGAAGCCUGAUCUCUCUGCAUUUACCUUUACUGGGAAAACGAUUGUGCAAGUCACCGUGAAGGAUAAAACAAAACAAAUCACAUUGAAUGCUCUAGAUAUCAAAAUCAAUAGUGCUGAGCUGCAGUAUGACUGUGAGAAGCUCAAGCCGGACCGCAUUACCUAUUCGGCGGACAAUGAGACAGCUACACUGGAAUUCGCCCAGGAUAUACCAACUGAUACAGAGGCUGUUCUAUAUAUGUCCUUUACCGGCGAACUUAACGACAAAAUGAAAGGUUUCUACCGCAGCAAAUACUUUACUGCAUCUGGCGAGGAGCGUUAUGCUGGGGUCACCCAAUUUGAAGCGACCGACGCGCGCCGUUGUUUUCCCUGCUGGGAUGAGCCUGCCAUUAAGGCCACCUUCGAUAUCACACUUGUUGUGCCCAAGGACCGUGUUGCUCUGUCAAACAUGCCAGUGCUAAAAGAAGAUUCAUUGCCAGGAGAAUUACGUCGAGUGCGGUUCGAUCGUACACCCAUUAUGUCCACUUAUCUGGUGGCUGUGGUCGUGGGAGAAUACGAUUUCGUUGAGGGCAAGUCUGAAGACGGCGUCGUAGUUCGUGUAUUCACACCAGUGGGCAAGAAGGAGCAAGGACUUUUUGCUCUGGAAGUCGCAACAAAAGUCCUACCAUAUUAUAAGAGCUACUUCAAUAUUGCAUAUCCACUGCCAAAGAUGGAUCUUAUUGCCAUUUCCGACUUUUCGGCUGGCGCUAUGGAGAACUGGGGUCUCGUUACGUAUCGUGAAACAUUUGUGCUGGUCGACCCAAAGAACACAUCGUUAAUGCGCAAGCAGUCAAUAGCGCUGACUGUUGGACACGAGAUAGCUCAUCAGUGGUUCGGUAACUUAGUGACAAUGGAAUGGUGGACUCACCUUUGGCUAAACGAAGGAUACGCCUCGUUUGUCGAGUUUUUGUGUGUGCAUCAUUUGUUUCCGGACUAUGACAUAUGGACACAGUUCGUAACGGACAUGUACACACGUGCUUUGGAGCUUGAUUCUCUAAAGAAUUCGCAUCCCAUCGAAGUGCCCGUUGGACAUCCGUCGGAAAUCGAUGAAAUAUUUGACGAGAUUAGCUACAACAAGGGCGCUUCUGUCAUUCGAAUGUUACACGAUUAUAUCGGUGAGGAUGAUUUUAGAAAAGGGAUGAACAUUUACUUGACGCGUCAUCAGUAUAAAAAUACCUGCACCGAGGAUUUGUGGACAGCGUUGCAAGAGGCUAGCUCCAAACCGGUUGCAGAAGUGAUGUCGACAUGGAUAAAAUUAAAAGGAUUUCCAGUUGUAAGUGUAGAGUCGGAACAGAGUGGCAGUUCUAAGCGCAUUUUGCGCCUCACACAACGAAAAUUCACCGCCGACGGCUCAAAGCCCGAUGGGGACUAUCUGUGGGUCAUUCCGAUCACGGUAUCCACGUCACGCAAUCCUAAUGAAAUUGCAAAAACCUUCUUGCUCGACCAACCAUCUAUGGAGGUGGUGCUUGAUGAUGUGCAACCUAACGAUUGGAUCAAAAUCAAUCCGGGCACGGUAGGCUACUAUCGCACGCGUUACUCUAAGGAGAUGCUUGAAAAGUUGCUGCCUGCCGUGUAUAAAAUGGAGCUACCUCCAUUGGACAGACUGGGUCUGAUCGACGAUAUGUUUGCUAUGGUACAGGCAGGCCAGGCUAGCACAGCUGAGGUGCUUAAGUUGGUCGACUCGUAUCGCAAUGAAACGAAUUACACUGUGUGGACAGCCAUUACGAAUUCGCUCACAAAUCUGCACAUUUUGAUUUCGCAUACCGAUAUGAUGGACGCCUUCCAAAGCUUUGGUCGCAAGCUUUAUGAGCCAGUUGCUGAACGCUUGGGUUGGGAGCCUCGUGAGGAUGAAAACCAUUUGGAUACAUUGCUGCGCAGCCUGGUUUUAACACGCCUGGUGUCUUUCCGCAGCGACGAAAUUAUUGAGGAGGGACGCAAACGCUUCCGUAGCCAUGUUAAUGGCACUAAUCCGCUGCCUGCUGACCUGCGUACCACUUGCUACAAGGCAGUGCUACAGGAAGGCAAUGAGAAGAUUUUUGAGGAGAUGCUACAGCUUUAUAGGUCAACCGAUCUACAUGAAGAACAGGAUCGCAUUUCACGAGCUCUGGGCUGCAUUGGCGACACGAAACUGUUGCGUCGUGUCAUCGACUUCGCCAUGUCGGGUGAGGUGCGUGCACAGGAUUCUGUUUUUGUUAUAGUGGCUGUGGCUAUCAAUCCAAAGGGUCGUGAUAUGGCAUGGGAGUUCUUUAAAGAGAAUAACAAACGGCUCUUGGAACAAUAUCAGGGUGGCUUUUUGCUGGCACGCCUCAUCAAAUAUCUGAUUGAGAACUUUGCCUCGGAAGAGAAAGCCCGUGAAGUUGAGGAAUUCUUUAAGGUAAAUCAAUUCCCUGGCACUGAGCGCACCGUCUCGCAGGCCGUCGAGACAAUACGUCUCAAUGCAGCUUGGCUGGAGCGGGAUAGAGAAAAGUUGGCGGCCUACCUGAAAAGCCAGUAGGCGUUACCAAUUCCAAAGCAUUUAACAACAACUAUAACACACGACCAAAGCUGUCACAAUAACCCCAUAAGCGAGCCAAAUACGUUAAAGCUGUUAAGAAAAUGUGUAAAAAAAAACGAGAUAUACAAUCGAAUCCAUUAAGGUAAAAUUGUAUAGAGCCGUGGGCCAUUGAAGAACAGUUUAUCCCAAUUAAAAAUGUAUCUUAAAAUAAUGUUAAAUUUAUGACGGUAAAAAAAUACAUUUAAAAAACAAAUUA